CAAAGCUCUGGGGGGCAGGCCGGCGGGGCUGCGCCCCGGCUCUGGCGCCGGCUGCCAAGCCCGCGGGGCGUGCCCUGGGGCGGGGGCGGCCGGGAAGGAGGCCGCCCCGCCUCGGGACCCCGAGGCGCAGUCGGCGUCGCCCUUUCGCGCCCGCGCGCGUCCUGCCCGCGGCUCCGGAAAGUCCCAGGGGAAGCCCGCGUGGGCAGAGACGCUUGCUGUGAAUGGGCCGCAUCUGUUUCUGUUUUAAGGCCGAGUGAUGCUCGUUUUGGAGCGCCAAGGCGCCUCUGACGUCGGCUGACUCGCUCCUCUUCCCUUCCUGCCUUCCUCCGCUCCUUCCUGUGCUAUAUGCACUAAAGGUGCCACCGGAGAGCCCCAGCCAUGGAAGGCAAACCCUUGGUGACCUCGAAACAGAGGACGGAAGUGGUGCGUGGGGUCCCCACCCAGGUGGUCUGCACGGCCUUCAGCAGCCACAUCCUGGUGGUGGUGACCCAGUUCGGGAAGAUGGGCACCCUGGUCUCCCUGGAGCCCAGCAACGUGGCCAGUGACGUCAGCAAGCCCGUGCUCACGACAAAAGUCCUUCUCGGGCAGGACGAGCCGCUCAUCCACGUCUUGGCAAAGCACCUGGGGACAUCCGUGUCCCGGGAAGCAGGGAACAAAGCGGUCCUCCUCGCUGUGGCCCUGAAGGACCGGAGCCUGGAGGGGCUGGCGGCCGUGCGGGAGGUGAUCCAGACGUGCCAGGUGUGGUGACGCUGCGGCGGGGCGGAGCCCGGCGGAGACGCAGACACGCUCUCCACUCGAAGACGCGUCUGCGGCAGCCGGAAGGAGCGGCUGCCCCGGCCACAGCCCCGGAAGCCAGAGGAGCUGUGCGCGUCCCCGACAGACCUGGGUCGGCCUCCAGCACCGUCCGUGGAGGGCGUGUUGGGAGAGCCUUGGACGGUUCUCACCGGGGUCCGGUUAUAUGGGGAAGUGAGAGGCUGAGCCCUCCGUGUGUGGUCUGAGCCACUGAAGGAAACUGGUUUUGUAUUAAAGAUGAGUGUGCAACCCAGGCCACUCCACCACCCUUCACAGCACUGAGAGCUUUCGGUCCCACGGCCUACGUUCAAGUUCGUGUACCUCAGGUGGAAGGAAACCUCGUGGGCCAAUGCAAGGCCCCGUGUGUG